AUGGAGCAGCUGCAGCCCCCCUGUGUCCAGCAGCACACAGAACCUGACCGUACACCACUGGCACCUACGCCUAAAAAAGUUCCUGUCUCCUUCAUUGACUCUCGUCUGGAUUCCGACACCAGCAGUGAGGAAGAAGCCAAGGAUGGAAAUGUUGAGGAGCUCACUGGGAAAGUCAGGCAGGAAGUCCUCACGUACUAUGGUGAGAAGCCCAUUCCCAAGGGGGAAAAUCCGUUAGAUUGGUGGAAAUUGAAUGAGGUGAAAUAUCCCUUUUUGUCGAGAUUAGCAAAGUCUUACCUCUGUAUACCAAGCACUUCCACACCAGCGAGCGGCUGUUUUCUGCAGCAGGAAACAUAG